GUUGCGGCCGCGCUUUUGCUUCGAAGUUCGAUUCAUUCAAGUUUCUUCUUGCUGGCAAACCAAGACUCAAGUCGCAUCUUGCUGAUUUCCAAAGGCGACUGCAUGGUGAUCAGCGCUUCCUGCCAGCUGUUCAACCUGAGAUCAGAGCACCUCUUCUUGCCCCGCAUUGAGUUGGAGGAGGAUUUUGGAGCCGGUUUCGAAAGUGUGUAGGGUUGCAAACAACCAGUUGCAGACAGAGUUCAUGUAUCGGUGCACAAAUAACAGCAGGGCCUUCAACAUCAGAAGCCAUGAAGUUUCUCGAGUAUACGCCAUUGGCAACAUUGAAUUCCUUCCUGGGGCAUGUCAAUCUGGGAGACUACAUCAUAGAAGGCGAUCUUGAGGCUUAUUCCUGCAAGCUGGCCGGAAUAGACAAGAAGCUGUCCCGAAAUCUAGAGCAAGAGGUCUUGGAGUCCUUCUCCGUGUCCCCUCAGGAGCUGGCCACAUCACCGGUUGGACCCCUCUCUAGUUCCGCCAGCCGGAAGACCCUCAUCUACCUAAUCCUGACUCUGAACCACAUGUACCCUGAUUAUGACUUCAGCACUCUGCGAGCGCACCACUUCUGCAAAGAGAAGGGGGUGGCCGCCGUUCGGCAGACCAUCGACAACUCGUUGAUGGAGACAGGCCAGGUCUGGGCGCGAGAUGUGGGGGACUCCACUUCCUUCCUGGAAGCCUUGUGGAGUGCCAUUGAUGAGGUGAUCCAGCUGGUGGAUUGUGACGUGUACAGCUACAAGUCGGAUCAUGAUGGAGACCCAUUCGGAGAGAAGGGGGCCAUCUGGUCCUUCAAUUACUUCUUCUACAACAAAAAGCUGAAGCGGAUACUUUACUUCAGCUGUCGAUGUAAAAGCAAGUUGGCCUUGGACGAGGCUUCCCUGUCUUCUGAGGAAGGGUUUAGUGAACAAGAGGAUGAAGGCUUUGUGAACGACAUGGACAUGGAUGUGUAGUCUGCGCCAAGGCUAGCAUUUGGCGGUAGAGUUUGCGAGAAGUUUGAACUCUAAAGAGAAUAACUAGGCAAUUCUUUGGCUUUUGCUUUUGAGUAUGCAACCACAUUGUUGGAAGCAGGGAACAAGAUACAUACCUGUACAUACGACGUUUUGUACCAUAUACAGUAGUGUUAAAUAUUUUGGUACGCUUGAGAAGGCAUCGUUGGGGUUGAUAGGCAAAAGGCUGAGACCGGAUGAAUAAUCUUGUAAUUUUUUACCACCCUCGGUGGGCCAACUUGGAAGCACAGUAUGAAUGCAACCGUGAACCAUUCAUGUAGUUCGAUCGG